GGUGUUCCAAUCCCCUCCAUAUCAUGUGAUUCAGGUGUCCCAAUCCCCUCCAUAUCAUGUGAUUCAGGUGUCCCAAUCCCCUCCAUAUCAUGUGAUUCAGGUGUUCCAAUCCCCUCCAAUCAUGUGAUUCAGGUGUUCCAAUCCCCUCCCAAUCAUGUGAUUCAGGUGUCCCAAUCCCCUCCAUAUCAUGUGAUUCAGGUGUCCCAAUCCCCUCCAUAUCAUGUGAUUCAGGUGUUCCAAUCCCCUCCAAUCAUGUGAUUCAGGUGUUCCAAUC